AUGCCUUUCAAGUUUUGACAUUUUUUAUCUGGUCUUACAGUAUAUAGUAGGAAAAUUCAUCCAAGAUGGUGCAGUAUCGGUGUAUAUGCCUCUUCUUCACUGCAUUUAUACUUGGACAUGUUUCUGCAAAUGGGUUCGAGAAGGAGCUAGAACACUUGAAACCAAAAGCCUGUGCUUCAACACAAACAUCUGCAGCACAAGAAGUUCUGCAGAGACUUAUUCCAAUGCGAUACCGUGAUUUCACAGUUGUCGUUAACUCAUCGCUUAGCGGGAAUAAUCUCGAUACUUUUGAGAUAUCUUCCAACGGAACCCAUGUAAAUGUGACUGGUACGACCGGAGUGGCUGUGGUGUGGGGUGUCCAACACUACCUUAUUCACUACUGUAACUGUCACAUCUCUUGGAGCGGUGAUCAAUUGCACCUACCACCUGAUGGGCAGUGGCCCUUGAUACAUUCUCCGUUGAAGGUUACCAGUCCAAACAGAUUCCGGUUCUACCAGAAUGUUUGCACUGUCAGCUACAGCUUUGCCUGGUGGGAUUGGGAGCGUUGGGAGAGGCACAUCGACUGGAUGGCACUGAACGGUAUCAACCUUCCUCUGGCUUUCAAUGGACAGGAAGCUAUCUGGCAGAAGGUCUACCUAAAGAUGGGACUCCAACAGGAGGACCUUGGAAAACACUUUGGUGGACCAGCAUUUCUGGCAUGGGCACGAAUGGGUAAUAUCGAUGGAUGGGGUGGACCACUACCCCAAUCCUGGCAUACUAACCAGCUUGCUCUCCAACAUCGUAUAUUAAAGAAGAUGAGGGACUUGGGAAUGAUUCCUGUACUACCAGCUUUUGCCGGACAUGUCCCAAAAUCAUUUUCAAAAGUGUUCCCGAAUGCAUCUACUUCAGACCUAGGAGAUUGGGGACAUUUUGGUUCGGAAUACUGCUGCACAUCUCUAUUGGAUCCCCAGGACCCUAUGUUCAAGGAAGUUGGGAAGGCAUUCAUUGAAGCUAUGACCGAGGAAUUUAAUGGUACUGAUCAUAUCUACAGUGCGGACACUUUUAAUGAGAACAGACCAAAAUCAAGAGAUUCUGGUUACCUCUCAGCGGCUAGCAAGGGGAUUUAUCAAGGUAUCAUUGGUGGGGAUCCAAAAGGGGUGUGGCUCAUGCAGGGAUGGCUAUUUCAAGAUACAUCAUUCUGGGGUCCCACCCAAAUCAAGGCUCUGCUUCACGGCGUGCCCAUUGGGCGCAUGAUAAUCCUGGAUCUCUUCGGAGAUGUCCGUCCGUUCUACAACUCCACCGAAUCCUUCUACGGUCAGCCUUUCAUUUGGUGCAUGCUCCAUAAUUUUGGCGGAAAUACUGGUCUCUAUGGCAAACUUGAUGCCGUUAAUCAGGCCCCUUUCGCAGCCAGAAAGUUUGAAAACAGCACAAUGAUUGGCAUGGGUUUGACGCCAGAGGGUAUCUUUCAAAACUACGUCAUGUACAACUUUCUAACUGACCUGACUUGGAGAGCAGAAAGCACCAACGUUACACAAUGGAUUGAGCAUUAUGCACAAAGACGAUAUGGAUACACCUCCAACAAGAGCGAGGAAGCCACCGAAGCUUGGGCCAUCCUGCAAGAAACUGUUUACAAUAACAGGGAUAAGUUUAAUGACCAUCAGAGCGCUGUUGUUGUCAGGAGACCAUCCAAUAUUAUGACACAAACAAUUUGGUACGAUUACACAAAGGUUGCGAAGGCAUGGAAAUAUCUUCUUCAGGCAUCGGAUGAAUUAGGUUCAAGUAUACUGUUCAGAUACGAUUUAGUGGAUGUGACACGAAAUGUUCUACAGGAUUUAGCAUUUGACUUCUACAAGAAACUUAUGGAAUCCUUUCGUGCAAAUAACUCCUUAGCUGUCAGAAUUAAUGGCACCCUAUUGUGUGAUGUUAUUCUUGAUAUGGACAACAUAACUUCCUCUCAUCAAGACUGGUUACUAGGAACAUGGAUAGAGGACGCCAAGUCCUUAGCAACCAAUGAUGAUGAAGAAACACUGUAUGAAUACAAUGCAAGAAAUCAGAUAACUCUGUGGGGGCCUACAGGUGAAAUUCUUGAUUAUGCAAAUAAGCAGUGGGGAGGAUUACUUCGAACGUAUUAUUAUCGUCGAUGGCAACUCUAUAUACAAUACCUAGAGGGGUGCAUACUAAAUCACCAACCUUAUGACCAGAAUAAAUUUAACAUGAUAUCUUUUACUUCGGAGAGCAGGUGGACUCACAACAGAGAUGAAUUUCCAACAAAACCGGUUGGAGAUGCGGUGGCGAUAUCCAAAGGCCUUUACAAAAAAUAUGAGCCGUUUAUCAAGGAGUCACUGAUGUUAGGCAUAUAUAAAAAGAGAAUGAAAGAUGUAUUGAAACAACGCUUCACCAAAGAAGGGUUACCUUAUUCAUACAUGUACUGGAAAGACUAAAGGCUAAAGGAAAUGUUUCGAAAAAUAGGCCUGAAAUCGAGACUCAAAAUAAGAAAGUUGGACUUAAAACGAAACUGGAAAA